GCGGGGCUGUGCGGGGUUCUGUGGGGCGGUGCGGGGCCGAAUGGCGGUGGGCCGCCCCGGACACCGCCGCUGUCCGUAGAGGAAGGAUCGCGAGCGCGCGUGCGGGAGGAUUACGACAGCGUGGAGCAGGACGGCGAUGAGCCGGGACCACAGAGGUCGGUGGAGGGUUGGAUCCUUUUUGUCACUGGAGUUCAUGAGGAGGCGACAGAGGAGGACAUCCACGACAAAUUCGCUGAAUACGGCGAGAUUAAAAACAUCCACCUGAACCUGGACAGGCGGACAGGGUACCUGAAGGGAUACACACUGGUGGAGUAUGAGACGUACAAAGAGGCGCAGGCUGCCAUGGAGGGGCUGAACGGGCAGGAGCUGAUGGGGCAGCCGGUCAGCGUGGAUUGGUGCUUUGUCAGAGGGCCCCCGAAGGGAAAGAGGAGGUAA